CGUUCGACGUCAUCGGUAUAUAAAGCCGGUCCCACCCUUCUCGAACAUUCCGGAUUUGUCUGAGGUACCAAAACGAUCCACUUGAAGGUCUUGGCGUCGAGGAUUUUUCCAACUGUUCGAAGACCAAAAUCCCCCCAAAAAUGUUUUCUACUCGAGUAACGGACAUUUGACUACUACAACAACUACUACUUUUUUUUUUUUGCUCCAGAUUAUUGAAGAAGGAAAAGCUAGCCACAACAUUCCCGCCCAUUAAGUCAUUUUCAAUCAAAAUGAUAUAGAAUCACGACAGUUUUAAUCUGUCUUUAAAACUGUUCUGAAAAUUGUUGCUGUUAAGCACAAAAUAUUAUAGGUACCCGAGACGCAGAGGAGAAUUAUAAAUAGUAAGUGUUUACUUUCAAACCAAUUUGAUUCGAAAUUUAACGGUUAAGCAAAAAAAAAAAAAUCGCCUGUCUUUUUUGGAAACGAACAAUUCUUUACUUUUUUAUUAGAUCAGCCAGAGGAAAAGCUGUGAUAAAGCGAGUAAAGCUAGCUAGUUAGCGUAUGAGCUCACACCGCAAAGUCAGCAGAGGCUAAACGCCCUGUUUCUCUUUGUGUGUGUGAGACGGAUUCAUAUCCUAUUCAUCAAUUAUUUAGAAAACAAAAAUUUUAAAUAUAAGCUAGCGAUCGCUUCACAUAAGCAAUCUGUUCAUAAAGAUUGCCGCAGUAUAGAGAGAAAAUAAUAAGGAUCUAAUUAAAUUGCUUCUGAAAGGAGAGAAAGAGCUCAUUGGGACAUUUCAAGGCAAUCUGCACAUAAAGAUUGCAGGAUGACGACUCUGGAUGUAUUAUACAGGGGCUGAAAUGGUUUAUUAUUAUUAUCGGCGUGUUCUCUUUUUGUAGCUACGGGUGAAAUAAACCUAAAAGUGUAGCUUAGCUCGUAGUGGAAUCUUUAGCUGCGAAAUGUCGAUGUUUAUCUAGUCGUGUGUUGCUUUUAAAAUGGCGGACAUGUUGUCCUUUUGCUAAAAAACAUGGCAGUGAUGGCUUUGGUGUUUGAAACCAGUUCGUACUUGUUUUUGCUUGAGUUGUCUUGGUCGGUCGGUCGGAAUUUUUUUUUUGUUUGUUUGACCCUCUUUUUUAUUUUUGUUUGCGAGGGUACAUGAAUGUCGAGUGUGAAAUUUUAAGUAGUGUUUUUUUGGGCUUGUUUGUAAUAAUUCAAAAUGGCGCCCGGGCUUCUUGUUCUUCUUCACGAGCGCGAAGCGGUUAACGGAAAAGGGGGCGGGGCUUAAACGCUGGCUUCAGGGAAUCCAGAGCUGCACGCGCAGGACUCCAGACAUGCUGAAAGCCACAGCAAAGGCUUCUGUAUAAACUCCCAUUUAUAUAACUCAUCUGUUGUCAAAAAAAAAAAAAUCAAUCACCCGGGGUUUAUAUUGCAAUUAUUUGGAUCAUUGAUUUAUUUCAACAAUAGUGUUUUUUAUAUAUAUACAUUAUAAAAAAAAAUAUAUUUUUGCACCAAACCCUGUUUUUUUGAGGUGAUGUUUAUAAAUGGACCUAUAUAUAUUUAUAUAUACACCAGGAGUCAUUUUUAAACUUUUAUACCUUCUGUAGUCACUGUUGUUUGUUAGGGUCGGUGAAUAACUGCACGCUUUUGUUUACUUGUGUGUAACAGUUGUGACAUUUUCAGGAGUUUGUAUUGUACCGUGUAAAAGGAGGUCGAUACUGAAUUCAGAGACUAAAAAAAACUUCGACAACACUUUUACGGGCUGAAAUGGCAGUGGGCCCAGUGGACCCCAGGGAGGUGCUGAAAGGAGUGGAGUCUCUGUUAGGGAAGGACGGUGAGCUCCGCAGCCUGGAGGGCGUUGCCAAAGUAUUCAGUCUCAUGAAGGCAUCUCAUAAAAUGGUCAGCAGAUGCAUGUAUUUAAAUAUCUUACUCCAGACCAAAUCACAUGACAUUCUUAACCGAUUUAUCCGUGUUGGUGGCUACAAGUUGUUGAACGCCUGGCUGACUUAUUCUAAGACGACCACCAAUACCCCAAUGCUACAGCUCAUUCUGCUGACUCUGCAGAAACUACCUCUCACAGUGGACCAUCUCAAACAGAACAACACAGCAAAGUUGGUUAAGCAUCUGAGCAAGAGUGGAGAGACAGAAGAAUUGAGAAAGCUCGCCUUGGUACUCGUAGAUGGCUGGAUGGCCAUCAUCCGCUCCCAGAGUGUUUCCAGUGGCGCCUCACCUAAUGAAAAGAAACGAAAGAAGGAAGACUUUAAAUUGCGUCCCGAGCUAAAGGCUGUGGAGAAAGGGACAGAAGAGGAGAGGAAACGAGAAAAGCCAAAGGCCCAUGCACCUAGUCAUGCCAAGAUUCGCUCCACAGGUUUAGAGGUAGAUACUCCAACACCUGUCCCUACAAAAAAGGUCCCCACAGUUCCCCAGCUUGGUGACAAAUACAACAUCAAACCUGCUGUCCUUAAGAGGCCUAGCUCUAAUCUAUUAGAUGCGCCACCUGUGGAGAAAAAGUACAAGCCUCUUAACACCACCCCCAACUCAACCAAAGAAAUCAAAGUCAAGCUCAUUCCUCCACAACCUAUGGAGAGCUUGGGCUUUCUGGAUGCACUUAAUUCUGCUCCAGUACCUGGAAUCAAGAUCAAGAAGAAGAAACCUAAGGCAGUCUCUCCCACAUCUAACAAGCCAUGUCCAUUUGAAAGCAAGCCCCAGUCAUACUCAAGCACGCAGACUAAGCCUUCUUCCCCUGAAGCUCCUGCUUCUCAUACUCCUCCACACGAGCCCCAAGACCUGGAACAGCCAGGGACGCCUGUCCCAACUGAGGAUCCAGAGGCUAUGGACACUGAUAAGCCGAACGCACUUUCAGAGCCACGUGGAGAGGAAGAGAGCCUGACAAAGAAAGGCAAGAAAAAGAAGAGUGUUCGCUGGGCUGAGGAAGAGCAGCUGAAAGAAUAUUUUUACUUUGAUCUGGAUGAGACAGAGAGAGUCAACGUGAAUAAGAUUAAAGAUUUUGGUGAAGCAGCCAAGAGGGAGCUGAUGAUGGACAGGCACACGUUCGAGAUGGCCCGACGGCACUCACAUGACACCAUGGAAGAGCGUGUGCCCUGGACGCCACCGCGUCCUUUGACACUGUCAGGCUGUCUGGUCAGUCCAGGGUCCAACAGCAGUGAGAAGAUGACCCAGAGGGACAGAGAGAUGGGAAUCCUCCAAGAGAUCUUCCUCAACAAGGAAAGUGUCCCAGACAGCCCGCACGAACCAGACCCAGAGCCUUAUGAGCCAAUGCCUCCACGUCUCAUUCCUCUGGAUGAGGACUGUACAAUGACAGAGGACAGCUACAUGGAUACUUCUGAUACUGCUGCAGCUGGUCCUCCCUCUUCAGCCCAGGAGAGCUCCAAGCUGCCUCCUGUCCUUGCUAAUCUCAUGGUCAGCAUGAACAGCAACCGCAGCCCCCAAGCUCAGAACAAUGCACCCCCUCCAAACAACCCAGCUAUGAACGUCCAAGAGCUCCUCAGCUCCAUCAUGGGUGCUCAAGGGUCUAACCAGUCCACAGAGGACCUCAUUAAGCAGCCUGAUUUCUCAGACAAGAUAAAACAGCUCUUGGGAUCUCUGCAGCAGAACCAGAACCAGAAUCAGCAGGGCAAUGCUCCGCCAAUGAAUGCAGGUCUGCUUGGCCACGGUCCCAACAUGAACAUGAAUAACAACAUGAACAUGCCAAUGCCCAUGAACGGCGGUUACCCACCAAACAAGCCACCUGGCGGCCCUCAUUUUGGUCACCCGCCACCUCCUCUUGGGCAUGGACCUCCAUUUGGAGGAGGCCCACGCAUGAUGGGCCCUCCGCCUGGACCUCAGGGCAGAGGAGGGGACAAUGGAAACUACUGGGGAGAUGAGUCUAUGCGCGGUGGACCACACCGGGGUGGCCAUUUCCAUCGUGGAGGAAGAGGAAGAGGAGGAGACCAAGGAUUUAGAGGACGGGGAGGACGAGGGGGACCACGCGGAGGACACAACAACAUGGGUGACAUGUCCAAAAGGCCUGUGUGUCGGCAUUUCAUGAUGAAGGGGAACUGCAGAUACGAAAACAACUGCGCUUUCUAUCACCCGGGUGUGAACGGUCCUCCUCUACCUCCUCAGCAUGGUCAUUAACUUUGACCUCAACAGACACUUCUCAGCCUUGAACCCUUACACUGGUUGUGAUCCUGCCACUUAUUUUCACUAGGUGGCAGUAGAGCACAUUUUGAAGACUCGAUAUAUAUUUUUUUUUUGUUGGAACAAGAUCAGUUGAUUCCUCUUCAGUGUUUACAGAUGCCUCAUUAGAGACCAUGAGACACACCGACAGUCCGGCUGGACCUUGACAUGGUUUUUUUCCUUGUGUGUCUAAUGGGAAAUUCAAGCUUAUUAAUGACUUAUUCAUAACAACACGCUAACCCCUGCGGUGGCUGUGUAUAAAUAGGCUGUUCUGAUGUAUAUACAAAAACUCAGUGUUAAGACGACUCAUGUACAUAUUACAUAUAUUUUUUUGGUCAUAUGUAUGACACUGAUUUAAAACUGCUGAAGAAUGUGCCACUCUUCGAAGACCACUUUUGCAGCUUACAUUUGAUUUACACUGUUAUACGAGUUGUAAUUUUUUUUUUUUUUUUUUACUUUGAGACUAUGAAUUUGGUUCAGCACUACAGAACUUUUUGAAGUGUGAAUGUGUUCCUAUUUGCAGGUGUUUUAUGUAUGUGGGGUGUGCUGUUUCUCUGUGUAAGCAGGUUCAUGCUAGAGACAAUGCCUCUCUGUCUUAUCACCCGUGGUACAUAACAGCACAUUCUAACAUCACCUCAAUUUUGUAUUCCAAAGUCUGUUGAAGAAGCAGCUAUGCCCACAGAUGCUUGACUGAUACAAAGCUAGAUUAAACACACACACACCUGCGCGCACACACAUGAAAAGUGCAUAUGGCUCUUGAUCGUGUUCUCGAUUGCUAUUUAAAUUUCAGUAUUUUAAACUGACCUUGUGUAAAAAAAAAAUUGACAAUCAGGACAAUUAGCAGUCAUUCAUUGUCAUAUCAUUCACUCUGUGUGUGUGUGUGUGGUUUGUGUGUGUAUUCAUGCAGUCACACUCAAGUUGUGACUAGUCUCACUCAUGGUCAUGUCAUGUGUGUAUAUAUAAAAUCUAUCCUCAUACACAAGUGCUGAACUGAGCCUGAGGCUCUAAACCACUCUCUUGGCCUACGCUAGUGUUUUCUGUGAAAACAGUGGCCUUUGUGUCUCUUGUGGGACUACAUUGUUUUUCUUUUUUUUUUUUUUCCCCUGUUUUUAUUUUUAUUUAAAUCUCUAUCCAAAUGAGGUUUUGUUUGUGUUAUAGAGGUAUGUGUGUCUGCUUUACAGUAUAUUGCAAAGACACAUUUAUGAGCAUAUAUAUAUAUAUAUAUAAUCUGUAAAGGGUUUUUCUA